UCAAUAUGCAGUCUUUCAGGAAGAAAACGCUUUUGUUGCAAGCGCUCGUGAUCCUCGCAACUCUUCAUGGUCACGUUGCAGCCGACGACAGCGGCAAUGCCGCCGAAGAAGGUCGCUUCCUGUUCUGGGGUAAACCGUUCCUGAUCGUGCCACCGACUGCGCCCACCCGUCACCAGCUGAUCUCCGGUAUCGGUAUUCCGCUCGGGACUCCCGAGUCCAUCACCACAGGGUGGGUCAUCAAGGCGCAGUACUUCCUGCCGACCACGGUGGACAAUCUGAAGCCACUGCUGUGGGAAGGUUGGAACGAUACCAGGCGAUCUCUUGGAAAGCGUGAAGUUGGUGGCCAAGUUCCUGGAGAUCACUACGAAAAGUAUGAGGCGAAGGAGGUUAAAAUUGAGACGGAGAAGCUACCGGAUGAGGUUGAGAGCUUGGAUGAGGACGAUGAUGAGUUUGAUGAUGGAGAUGACAAUUACUGGCUGGAUGACGAGGAGGUCGAGCGGUUCCAGGAAGCUGAUCAGCGGUUUCCACCGAACGAGAUGGAUGCCAAGGCAGCGGAAGGGUACAACGCUGGACAGUCCCGCUGGAUUACGUACAAGACGCUGGAGAAAGUUGGCGAACGGUACGGCGCAGGAGGUCGUCCCUGCGUUCUGCGGAGUAUUUGCGAAGCUGCGGCCGCUGAGUUCACCCACUCUGGAGGAGUGUUUGCCGAGUUGAUGCACAUUAUUUUUACUCCCUCGACCACGACGGAAUCGCUAUCUGAGCACAACGACAACGAGUACUACCGGGCGGAACAGCUGGGACGAGAGGGAGCACCGUGCGAGCAGGUUUUCCACGAGUGCAAACAGUCGAUACUGGACGUGUUUACCGGCGUGCAUGAUCCGGCGACAAACUCAAUGUCGGUGGCACAUCAAAAAUUGCUACAAGCUAUGAUGAAAUAA